CUGCCACCCCAAAAGGCACCAGGCUGGCACCCGACUUGUAUUUUAACAUACUAAAUUAGAAGGGGAGUCCAGGUGCCCCACAGACUACACUCUCCGAGAAAUGCACACAUUUGACCCAGAUUUGAGUAUGAGCACAGUUGAAGAAGAAUCUGACACAGUGACAGUAGAAACCGUGAAUUCUGUGACUUUGACCCAAGACACUGAAGGAAACCUUAUUCUUCACUGCCCUCAGGAUGAGGCAGAUGAAGUAGACUCCGAAGACAGUGUCGAACCUCCACAUAAAAGGCUUUGCUUAUCAUCUGAAGAUGACCAGAGUCUUGAUGACACGACUCCAUGCAUUUCUGUUGUUGCCGUUCCAAUUUCAGAAAGUGACCAGAGCUUUGAGGUGACUAUGACAGCUACCACUGAGGUAGCUGACAAUGAGGUCAACGAAGGGACUGUGACUCAGAUCCAGAUUCUCCAGAAUGAACAACUGGAUGAAAUCUCUUCUCUAGGCAAUGAAGAAGUGUCGGCAGUUAGUCAGGCCUGGUUUACAACCAAAGAGGAUAAGGAUUCAUUAACAAACAAAGGUCAUAAAUGGAAGCAGGGAAUGUGGUCAAAAGAAGAAAUAGACAUUCUGAUGAGCAACAUUGAACGCUAUUUAAAGGCACGUGGAAUAAAAGAUGCCACUGAAAUCAUCUUUGAAAUGUCUAAGGAUGAAAGGAAAGAUUUCUACAGGACCAUUGCAUGGGGUCUGAACCGGCCUCUCUUUGCUGUUUAUAGACGAGUACUUCGCAUGUAUGAUGAUCGAAACCACGUUGGCAAGUACACUCCUGAUGAAAUUGAAAAGCUCAAGGAGCUACGGAUAAAGCACGGCAAUGACUGGGCGACUAUUGGAGCUGCCCUCGGAAGAAGUGCUUCUUCAGUAAAAGACCGCUGCAGGCUGAUGAAGGACACCUGCAAUACAGGGAAGUGGACAGAAGAAGAAGAAAAGAGACUGGCAGAAGUGGUACAUGAAUUAACCAGCACAGAGCCUGGGGACAUUGUCACGCAAGGAGUGUCUUGGGCUGCUGUGGCAGAGCGAGUCGGGACGCGGUCUGAGAAGCAGUGCCGUUCCAAAUGGCUCAACUACCUAAACUGGAAACAAAGUGGAGGCACCGAGUGGACUAAAGAAGACGAAAUAAACCUAAUCCUGAGAAUAGCAGAGCUAGAAGUAUCUGAUGAAAAUGAUAUCAACUGGGAUCUGCUGGCCGAAGGAUGGAGCAGUGUGCGCUCACCCCAGUGGCUUCGUAGUAAAUGGUGGACAAUCAAAAGGCAGAUCGCAAACCACAAAGAGGUUUCAUUUCCUGUUCUUAUAAAAGGUCUGAAACAGCUUCACGAAAGCCAGAAGAACGCUGCAGGGCACCAGCUUUCAGAGACGAAACCUUUACACGGGUUGCCAAAUGCUCAUUCCGGUUCUGGGGUUCAGCAUGUGCAGAUUCGUGUGGCUCGCUUGGAUGAGAAUUCAGGCAGUUCUCCAAGCCCCAUGGCAGCUUUGCAGAUUCCAGUUCAGAUUACCCAUGUCUCUUCUGCAGAUUCCCCUGCUGCUUCUGUUGACUCUGAGACGAUAACUCUAAAUAGUGGGACACUACAGACCUUUGAGAUCCUGCCAUCUUUCCACCUGCAGCCCACGGGGACUCCAGGCACGUACUUACUCCAGACAAGCUCCACCCAAGGCUUGCCUUUGACACUGACCACCAGCCCAACAGUGACCCUCACAGCUGCCACGGCACCAGCCUCACCAGACCAGAUCAUCGUCCACGCCUUAUCUCCAGAACACUUGCUGAACACUGGUGACAACGUCACUGUACAGUGCCAUGCGCCAAGUGUCAUAAUCCGCACUGUUGCAGCAGAAGAGAUUUCUCCCUCCGUAACCCAGGCAGAACUUGCUGUUGAUUCAGACAUUCAGCCAGUUAAUCUGGUGGACCAUCCAACGGCUCUGGAAGCAGACGCCUUUCCAGAGGACACCCAUCAACCCAAGCUGGCUGUGGAAGAGCAGUCUGCAUAUAGCGAGGACGACUCCUCCAAAUUUGGUGGCAGGAGUAGCAGUGAACUCAUUGACAGGGUCAUGGUGAGAGCUGGAGGAGAGAUAUUGCACACGGAUCUCAAGUGUGAAGAGGAUUGUCAGUCUGACUUAGCUGGCACCUACGUUUCUGAGGAUCUCAGUUCUCCAACGACAGAAGAACAAGUUGAGGCGUCUCCCAUGGAUGACACCGUCCUCAUUGUACCUUCGCCCCAUGGCUUUAUCCAGACAUCAGACGACAUAGACAGCGAAUCCGUUUUGCCCCUAACAACACUAACAGAUCCUAUAUUGCAACACCAUGGAGAGAACUCCCAUAUCAUUGGCUCCUCUUUGGAUAGCCCUGGUUCUGAAGACUCCAAGGAUGUUGAAGAUUUAGUGAGCUGCCACUGAGCACAUCCCCCAGUGCUGCAAAAAAUAAAAAGAAUGGAGUGCUGAACCACCUUUUCCAAAGAAAGAAAAGCAUUUGCUGAAACAGCUUCAGCCCACCUUUCUGGGCAAAGAAGAGGUUUAAAGAAGUUGUAGCCACAGCUGAUCAAAGGUUUUUUUUGCUUUUUAGGCUGUUCCUCUUGAGACUGGAAGCAGAUUCUGGUAAGAUUGCAGCUCUUGAGCAUCAACAGGACAAAAUAUAGCUUCAGUGCAGGAACUAUGGGAAACAAGGAGUGGCAGGAGAGUUCUAUUUUUCCAUUCUUUACUGUUACUUCUAAUGCAUUUCAUAUGGAAACACCACUAGUCUGAGUAUACUAGACUUUAGGUGGUUACAAAAGAAUUAUCUGUUGCUGGCGAUGGAUGAAGUAGCCCCAGAAUGAUCAAAUGCAACGAAUCCUUUCCCCACAAGUACUGUAUAGGAGAAAAGGACGCCUGAGACUGUUUACUCCCACCCUGACCCCUGCAAUAAACCUAAAGCCCUUUCUGGGCUUAUUCUGAACUCUGCUAUAGAAGCCAAGACCACCUUCACCAUUGAAUUCAUCGCCGCAAGUGGGGGAGGUCAGUGCUGUCUGGACCGCCCUGUCACACACGUUCCGCGGUGGCUGCUGGGUUUUUAUUCCUGCCCCCAUGUGAGGGCUGUAAAAGGAGACACUAAGUGGAGCUUAGAGUCCAACUUGGGUAGGAAACAUGACUCAACACUACAAAGAUAUGUAGAAAAAACAAUAUUUAUUGCUGUAAUUAGCUUCCUCAGAAGUCGGUUUGUCUUUAGUCUGUGACUUUCUCUGUUCAUGUGAAAAAUGACAGUAGUUUACAAAACAGUUGGCUGCUUACGGAGGCAACAGAAAUAACUGUUCAAUUUAAUACAAACAAUAACCUAUUUGUCUUCUGUAACAGUAGGAUGCCUUUUUAUUUAUACUGUAGUACAGACAUUUGCAGUGCUGCAGUUUUUGUACAGUGUAAUAAAAAAAUGCAUUUUUCCCUGCAAGGAAAAAAAAUCGUGCCGUUCUGAAAAACGUGUAGAGUUGGAAUGUUCAUUAAGUGCACUAGUAGCGGUUUAUCCCUCC